GGCCAGUUGUAAUAAACAUCUGAGAAGAGAGCACAGGAGUCUGUGUGUGUGGUUUGGAUUGGCAGUAGUAGAGAGGGGUCACUCAGGCACGGUGGUGUGUGUUCUCGUCCCUGCUGGUCGGGGUACGAGUAGGGAGCUGGUCUCCCCAGACAGAUCUGUCUAGAACUUUCUCCUCUCACUAUUUCUAAUACAUGACAAUGAGCAAAAUGCAGCUGGCUACGGAGGAUUUUCAGGGCUCCACCAGACGUGACUUGGUGGUGGAGGUGCAGGGAUAUGUAAAGGAGUUCACACGCCACUCUAACGAUGUUCUUCUCAAUUUAAACGAGCUACGGCAUCGCAACAUCCUGACCGAUGCCACACUACUGGUGGGCAGUGCCCGGCUGCACGCCCACUGUGCAGUGCUCAUUGCAUGCAGUGGCUUCUUCUAUUCCUUGUUCUCCCGCCACAAGACCAUUGCUGUGGGAGAACGAGGGGUUUCCCUGUCUCUGCCAGAGGGGCUAGAUGCGGGCAGUGUGGCAUUGCUGCUGGACUUCAUGUACACCUCCCGCCUUCCUCUCAGCCCUGGCACUGCGCCUGGUGUGCUCGCCGCUGCCACCUACCUGCAGAUGGAUCAUGUUGCUGACACCUGCAGAGCUUUUUUACAAAAGAGUGAAAAAGUUUGUGUAAGCCCUCCUCUGGUGGACCUGGCAUCCAGAAACACCCGUGUAACUUUUACAGUGAACCCUGGUGGCAGAUCACCUCCAGCCCAUCCCUCGUUCUCCUCCUCCCCUUCCAGACCUGCAGUGGACAUGGAGGAGCCCCGCCCUGCUCGAGCCAGGGUUCCUGGAGAGAACUCGACCUCAGUCGAGUCAGUGACAUGCCAAAGUCCUGCUCCCAGCUCUGAAUCAUCAGCCUUAUCUCCAAACACUCCAUCUCCAGGCAGUCCCUGUCAGUCCAGAGGUCAGCCAAACUCACCUGCUGAGUCCAGUGGUUGUAGUCUGUCCCCUAAACUAAAGCCACGUUCUGAAUCCAGGCCUACUCCUGACCCUAAGGCCUGCAACUGGAAGAAAUACAAAUAUAUUGUCUUGAACCCUCUCUGUGCUACACCCAUUAAAGAGGAAGUUCCAGGGGAGGAGCUGCACACUUAUGACCACUCCUCCUCCUCUAAUGACAGGGCAGAUGUAACACCCAAAUUGUCCGAUGAGGCAUGGUCAACUACUGGACAUGGGCUGACUGAUGUACAAACACCCUUUAUGCCCUACCAUGGACUCUCACCACACACAGCAGAUACUUACAAGGGACCAACAGCUGCCGUUACCCGGGAUACCAGAGAACUCUGCCACCUGUAUCAGUGCCCAUGUCCCCCUGCGAUCGAUGGGGCCAAACAGCAUACUAAUCCCUUUGAAAAGCUUCCAGUCAAACUUGAGAAUCAUUCCCCAGUGAUUUGUUAUUCAGGAAAUCAAGGGAGCACAAAGCCUACCUGCUCAGCAGAAAAGCCAUACCGCUGUAAUGUGUGUGGGGCCCAGUUUAAUCGUCCAGCUAAUUUGAAGACCCACUCCCGCAUUCACUCAGGAGAGAAGCCAUAUCGCUGUGACACCUGUGGUGCUCGAUUUGUCCAGGUGGCUCAUUUGCGUGCCCAUGUUCUGAUCCACACCGGAGAGAAGCCUUACCCAUGUCACACCUGUGGAACACGGUUCCGUCACCUGCAGACACUGAAGAGCCACCUGCGCAUUCACACGGGGGAAAAACCAUACAGCUGUGAGAAGUGUGAUUUGCGUUUCCGUCAUAAGAGCCAGCUGAGGCUACAUCUGAGGCAGAAACACGGUGCUGUUACCAACACCAAGAUCCGGUAUAAAGUCCUGGCUGACCCAUACCAGAGUGGACCAGCCAUACUGCAGGCCUCCUGAAGGAACUAAUACAACAGUCACCCUCUGCACAAUGUCCUGGCAAGGUUUAGAGUCUGAUUUAAUGCAUUCUAUUAUUCCAAUUAUGUUUAUUACACCAAGAUCAUUACCAGUUUAGCACUCUGUAACUUGUCAAAUGGAGAAAGGCUUAAAACAUUGCUCCAUAUGAAAUGAAAUGCAUGGAACCUUCUGCUGGGCUUCUAUGCUUGUUUUAGAAAAUGAGGUGGAGCAUUGCAUUCCUGGAAAUCAUAUAUACAUCAAAUCUCCUUCCAGGAAUGCUGUUCUCCUGCACUAGACGUGCUGACUUUUAAGUAUUAAUUAUCAUACUUUUAUACUUUAUUUAUUUUCCUGCCUUAAUGUUCUCUUUCUCACUUGAGUUUAAAUACUAUCUGUGAAAAAAAAGACAGGGACUGAAGCAAGUGAAAUAUUAGUUUCUGAAACAUCUCUCAAUUCUGGAAAGAAUGCCAUGAUGAAAUGAUUACUAGUAAUCUUAAAACUGUUAAGUGUGAACUGCAAGAUAUCUACAGUUGUCUUUUGGAGUAACAUAACAAUAUAAAGCUAAAAGAAAUAUUUCAGUUCAGUAGGGAGUAAUGGCUAAAGUAAUAGAAAUGGUUAGUGGUGAGGUGUGUUAGGAGUUUAGAUGGAUAACAAGGAAGUUCAAUUAAAGCUGAAAACUGAAAAAUGAAUAUAAUUUUUUUUUUAAAAAAUGGGUGAGAUCUGGAAAUGUGAAUUGAUGGACAGGAAAAGUAUGAUGAAAUGGUGAAAAGUACGUUUGAUGAAAUCUGUGUGCUUGAGAAAGAGAGAAAGUAAGACAGUUUGAUUGAGAUAAUGUGAAAUUGUAUAAGUUUGUCUGUGAAGUGGAAGGACGUCUGUGCAAGUAGGAAAAGCACUGCUUAUGGGAUGUAGUCAUAUUUGGACUCAUGUUUGGUAUGGACCAGCUUGUUGUCUUUUUCUUUUUGAGUAAGAGAACAUUUUUUUGGUUGUUUUUUUUUUUUUAAAUUAUUUUUAUUUUUUGCUUUGCUGUAUCUCCGUAAAUCAGUGGCUGUCAUGUUCUCAUACUUACUGUAAGAAUGAUGGCCUAAACAUGUUAUUGUAUAGUCGCUUAUGCACUAACUAUUCUCUUGCCCUACUAAUCUGAAAAGGCCUGGAGCCUAUUUAUUUAGUAACACUACUAUAAAUGCUAUCCUGAAACCUAGAUUUGAAAGGAACUAUAAUUUUGAUCAAAGGAAACUUAUAUAUUGUUGAUGGUGUUGAUAGUCUAGGAGUCCAAGCAGGCCAAGGACUCAAUUAAGCCAGACAGAAUAAAUGUAAAGGUUGAUGCAAUGGAUGAAGAUAUUAUUGAUUUUGUCAAAUCUAAAGUUCUUUUGCUGGACAAAGACAAGACUUAUUUUAUAUAAAUUAAAAUUAAAUUAAUUUCUUUUCAAUGAAAAUAUCCUGUCUGUGGUUAUUGUGUGUCUGUCUGUGGUCACUUUGUUUGUAUAUGAGAGUA